CAACGUAAUUAAUAUUCAUAAGCCAAACCUUCACCAUAGUAGAAGAAAGCCAACUUCAGUUAAGUUUAAAAUGAAAAAUGGAGUCUUUGUCACUGCCUCCACCCUCUACUGUGUUUUUUGAUUUAGAGACAACUGGUCUGGAUUCCACAUGUGAUAUUGUCCAGCUGGCCGCAGUGAGCGGAGGUCACACUUUCAACCUCUUCAUGGUUCCUCGGCGUCCGAUGCAGCCCGGGGCGUCCAGGAUUACGGGUUUCAGUGUGAAACAUCACCGUUUGUUUCUUCAUCGCAGGCCGGUGCUCACCAGCUCUCUCCGAGAAGCCCUGGUCUCCUUCAUAACCUUUCUCCGGAUGUUGAAUCAUCCAGUCUUGGUAGGUCACAACAUCCGCAGGUUUGACUGUCACGUUUUGGCCAGAGCUCUGGAUGAGUUCGGCCUUAGGUUGGACUUCCAGAAAGAGGUUUCUGGAUUCGUGGACACCCUUCCUUUGGCCCGACAGCUUCUCAAAGACAGUGGUCUACAGAGCUUCAAGCAAGAGAACUUGGUUAAGACCUUCCUGGGAGUUUCAUAUGUGGCCCAUAACGCUCUAGAGGACGUACAAGCCUUGCAGAAACUCUACUGGGCCCUCAAGCCCACAGCCGAUCAGAUUCAGGAGCACAUUUUCACUCUGGACUCAUUGCCUGCUAAAGCGGUCAAUCAUGUUCCAGUUAGACCAUCUGGACAGAGAGGUUUGUGUGAGCGCUUUAGUAAAGCACUGGAUAUCACAAGAGAAGAAAGAGCAGAAGAAUGUUUGGACAUCUGAUUCAUUAUUAAAGGUCCAGCUGAUCUCAGAUCAGAAGCACACACCACCUUUAUUUAAAACCAGCUAAGAUGCUUUUAUUGCAAAAAAUAAAAAAAGUUACACAAUA